UGAAGCAAAAAGGCAAUUCUUGGGGUAUAACCUACUUCAAGUCCAAUCCACCUUAAUAGUGAACUCAAAGCUAUACUCCCCCUCCUCAAUGACUUGCGAUUUCAACCUCCAACUGACCCUACAUUGACACUUAUAAUAAUAACCCAAAAGAAGGGAAGGAAGAAUUUGUCUAGACCAGUGGUCACUCCUACUUAACCCAACCGAAGAUGAAUCCCAAUCGAGCUCUCGGAAUUGUCUCGUUCAUUGUCUCCUCCAUGACCUUUUUCGAAGUUCUCAUCGCAGCGGAUAAUGAGAAUCUUGAGGACGUGUGUCCGACCGCAGCAUCGACUGCUCUUUUCAUAAAUGGAUACCCCUGCAAGAGCUAUGCGAACAUCAGCGCGUCGGAUUUCAAGAGCUCAAAGCUGAGCACCCCCGGGGACAUGGACAACUUCCAUCGAUCGGCAGUGACACUGGCCACCGCCGCGGACUUCCCCGGCCUCAACACACUCGGCCUCUCCGUCGCACGGUCCGACAUUGAGGUGGAUGGCCUGGUGGUGCCGCACACGCACCCGAGGAGCGCGGAGAUGAUGUACGUGUCGAAAGGGGUGGUCAUAGCCGGGUUCAUCGACACGGAGACCAAUCUGUUCCAGAAGCGGUUGAGGGAAGGGGAAGUGAUGGUAUUUCCAAGAGGGCUGCUCCAUUUCUGCUUGAACGAUGGUUUUGAGGCAGCCACCGUCUUCUCCGUGCUCAACAGUCAGAACCCUGGCUGGGUCAGCAUCGCCGAUGCCCUGUUCCCAUCUCAACCCAACGUUGAUGAUGCGGAUGUGGUGAACAAGCUCAGGACCCGGUUAAUUGCUUCUUCCAUGGGCAGCCAUUUGCGUGGGUAAAUCCUACUUUGGGAUGGCUCUGAGUCACUCAUGUCUGAUUUCUCUGUAGUGUGGAGGCAUGAAACUGUGGCAUGCACGCUUGUUUUUUUUCCUUAGGCAUGUAAUAUGAUAUGAACAUCAACUCGAGACUCUUCAUAAAUGCCAGCAUUCCACUGCUCUGUCCGAA